AUGGACUGGAAAGCGUAUGCAGCGCAGAAACGAAACUCUAUUCUUCAGCUAAUUCCACCAGCAUGGAAGCUAUCCGUCGCCGUGCCUUCACCUUCCGAACAAAAAGAUGUCACGGGCAAAUACAUCCAACAGUUUCUAACUACUAAAGAAAUCACAAUUACAGAGACCGACGCCGUUGGGAUUGUUCAGAAAACGACGUUGGGACAAUGGAGCGCCCAGGAAGUCACAGAAGCUUUUUGUCACCGCGCGGCAUUGGCACACCAAUUGGUGAAUUGUCUUCAUGAAAUCUUCUUCGCCGCCGCUAUCGCCGAUGCCAAGAAACUUGAUCAAUACUUUGCCUCACACGGAAAACCAAAAGGGCCCCUUCAUGGGCUUCCCGUCAGUUUGAAGGAUCAAUUCCAUGUAAAAGAUGUAGAGACCACGAUGGGAUAUGUAGGGUGGAUCGGCACCUUUGAAGGCAAGAAGGGUACCGGCAAAGAAAAAGUUUUUGAAAGUGAAAUGGUCACAGAGCUUCGGGACUUAGGAGCAGUUUUAUUCUGCAAAACGAGUGUGCCACAUACACUCAUGGCGGGCGAAACCAUGAACAAUAUCAUUGAAUACACCUGGAACCCGAAGAAUCGCUUUCUGGCGUGCGGCGGAAGCUCAGGUGGUGAAGGCGCUCUCCUUGGUCUCAAAGGAAGCCCCAUUGGAAUGGGAACCGAUAUUGGGGGUUCUAUCCGCAUCCCGGCUGCAUUCAACGGCCUCUAUGGAAUCAGACCAUCUCACGGCAGAUUGCCAUAUGAGGGUGUGGCAAACAGCAUGGAUGGGCAAAACUCAAUCCUAUCUGUCGUUGGACCUCUCGCAACUUCAGCUGGCGCUCUAAGACUAUUAAUCAGAGGCAUAUUGAGCAGAGACCCGUGGCUUCAUGAUCCUCUGGUUGCUGAGAUUCCGUGGCGUCACGAACACGAACAAUUUAUCCUUGACAUCGCACGUGCUGGAAGCAAAAAGCAGAUGUGUUUUGCUGUCAUGAAGGACGAUGGUAUUAUCCAUCCUCAUCCUCCAAUUCGUCGAGCAAUUGAGAUGGUUAUUUCCGUCAUUGAGAAACUAGGACACAGAACUAUCACGUGGGCCCCUCCAUCUCACCAGGAAGGCAUCGACAUUGCAGGAAAGACUUUCAUGUUUGACGGUGGAACCGAUGUACGAGCCGCCUUUGCACUCUCGGGCGAGCCCAUGGCCCCUGCAAUAGCUCAAAAUUAUGCCAAACAGUCCCCUGAGUACACCGCAUCCCAAAUUGCCGCAACCAAUGUCCAGAAACGCCAGUUCCAAAAGAAAUAUAUGGAAUACUGGAACUCUACUUCUACAAUCACAGGUACCGGUCGUCCAGUCGAUGCGGUAAUUUCUCCUCUGGCGCCUUUUGCAGCUGCGAAGAGAGAUACGUACGACUACUAUGGCAUGUAUGGCGGCGCAUGGUACACGACCUGGGUUAAUCUACUUGAUUACACUGCUGCAGUCUUGCCGGUCACGACUGUUGACAAAGAAGUGGAUGUUGUCGAUGAGGGCUACGAACCCAAGAGUGAACAAGACGAGAUGAUUCAUAAGACUUAUGAUCCAGAGUUAUUCGACGGCGCACAUGUCGGUGUUCAAAUCGUCGGGCGACGCUUCCAAGAGGAGAAAAUCCUUACCAUCACGGAGAUUCUUGGACACGCAUUGGGUAGACUUGUGGUGUAA